AUGGAGAUUCUCUCCCCAGGCUACUGGCAGGAGCAGGAUUUGGAGCUGGGAACUCUGGCUCCACUCGGCGAGGCCAUCAGCUCCACAGUCUGGAGCAGCUCUGACAUGCUGGCCAGUCAAGAUAGCCAGCCCUGGACAUCGGAUGAGACAGUGGUGGCUGGUGGCACCGUGGUGCUCAAGUGCCAAGUGAAAGAUCAUGAGGACUCAUCUCUGCAGUGGUCUAACCCUGCCCAGCAGACUCUCUACUUUGGCGAGAAGAGAGCCCUUCGUGAUAAUCGGAUCCAGCUGGUUAGAUCCACACCCCAUGAGCUCAGCAUCAGCAUCAGCAACGUGGCCCUGGCGGAUGAGGGCGAGUACACCUGCUCCAUCUUCACCAUGCCCGUGAGGACUGCCAAGUCCCUCGUCACUGUGCUCGGAAUCCCACAGAAGCCCAUAAUUACUGGCUACAAGUCCUCAUUACGGGAAAAGGAGACAACCACCCUAAACUGUCAGUCUUCUGGAAGCAAACCUGCAGCCCAGCUCACCUGGCGGAAGGGCGACCAAGAGCUCCACGGAGAACCAACCCGCGUUCAGGAAGAUCCCAAUGGUAAAACCUUCACUGUGAGCAGCGCAGUGACAUUCCAGGUUUCCCGUGAGGACGAUGGGGCUGACAUCGUAUGCUCUGUGAACCAUGAAUCUCUAAAGGGAGCUGACAGAUCCACCUCUCAACGCAUCGAAGUUCUAUACACACCGACGGCGAAGAUUAGGCCAGACCCCCCACACCCCCGCGAGGGCCAGAAACUGCUGCUCCACUGUGAAGGCCGUGGCAAUCCCGUGCCCCAGCAGUACCUGUGGGAGAAGGAGGGCAGUGUGCCCCCACUAAAGAUGACCCAGGAGAGUGCCCUGAUCUUCCCCUUCCUCAACAAGAGCGACAGUGGGACGUACGGUUGCACGGCCACCAGCAACAUGGGCAGCUACAAGGCCUACUACACGCUCAACGUGAACGACCCCAGCCCGGUACCCUCGUCCUCCAGCACUUACCACGCCGUCAUUGGUGGGGUCGUGGCAUUCAUCGUCUUCCUGCUGCUCAUCCUGCUCAUCUUCCUCGGACACUACUUGAUCCGGCACAAAGGGACCUACCUGACACAUGAGGCCAAAGGCUCCGAUGACGCCCCAGAUGCAGACACGGCCAUCAUCAAUGCAGAAGGCGGGCAGUCGGGCGGGGAUGACAAGAAGGAAUAUUUCAUCUAGAGGCGCCCAGCCACCUCCUACGCCCCCCAGGGGCCCCAAGGGGACUGAUGGGGCCAUCACCACCCUGGACUUGUACAGAGCGACCCCAGGGCCGCCCCUCCCGCUUGCUCCCCAGCCCCCCC